AGGAUGGUCACCCGGUCUGCUAAGGAUUACGGGUCAGAGUGGAAUCUCACUCGGGACUUGGUGGAGCCGGCCCCGGAAGCCCCGGAUUUUGAAAUGAGUGAGUUUGUGGAGCCGUGAGUGCCUGUGGAUCAAAUGGGGAAUGUCUGCGGCUGUGUUCGGGCUGAGAAAGAAGAACAGUAUUUUGAUCCUGCCAAAACUCCCUUGAGCCCUGAGAAAUCCUCUCCCGGAAGAAAAUAUUUCAGAAGAAAACGGUCCCAGAAAGCUGUAGGUGACACUGGUCCUGUGGGGCACAGCAGUGGAAGAGAAGGCAAGAAGGGUGGCGGCGGUCAGCCUGCCAGGGAGCAGCCCGCUGUGUCCUCCAGAGAACUGGUGCCAGAAGACCCCGGGGAACAGAAACCUCCUCCUAGUGCUGUGGACAGUGGCUCCUGCCGAGUGACAGUUUCCUCUGCCCAGAACAAUGACUCGGAAGGACAAGUUAGUGCCCCGGACAAGACGAUUUCAGAAGAAGAUAGCCCUCCAUAUUGCACAGAGAGGGAGAGACAUUUAGACGAUGUCAACACAAACCAGAGAGCAUUCCAGAGAAAAGACGAUGUUUCUGCUGUCCAAAAGGCAGCCAGCUUGAGUUCCGUUCUCUGUGUCCCGGAGAAAUCACUCGGGAACAAUGGGCUUGUGGAAAACCUAUCCAAGAGUUAUAGCAGUAUCCAAGAGCACCACAGGACUGAGAGAGUUCACCCUCAUGAAACAUACCGUCCUCAGUGUACAAAAAGGAGGCACCAUUCCCCCAGGGGCAGUGUGUCCUCCGUUUCCAAGGACGCACCUAGGAAUGAUGGAUGUGAGAUAUCUGACAUCCAUGUAACUGGAGAGUCCGAGGACAUGUCUGCGAAAGAGAGGUUGCUACUGUGGACACAGCAGGCAACAGAAGGCUAUGCCGGGGUACGGUGUGAAAAUUUCACUACCUGCUGGAGAGAUGGGAAACUGUUCAACGCCAUCAUUCAUAAAUACAGGCCGGACCUGAUAGACAUGAAUACUGUUGCUGUUCAAAGCAACCUUGCAAAUUUAGAGCAUGCUUUUUAUGUAGCUGAAAAAAUCGGUGUUAUAAGACUUCUGGACCCCGAAGAUGUGGAUGUCUCUUCGCCUGAUGAGAAGUCAGUAAUAACCUAUGUGUCCUCCCUGUACGACGCAUUUCCCAAAGUCCCCGAAGGCGGUGAAGGCAUUGGUGCAAACGAUGUUGAAGUCAAGUGGAUCGAAUACCAGAAUAUGGUGAACUACCUCAUCCAGUGGAUUAGACACCACGUGGUCACAAUGUCUGAGAGAACAUUUCCUAACAAUCCUGUAGAACUAAAGGCACUUUAUAAUCAGUAUUUACAGUUCAAAGAUAAAGAAAUCCCACCAAAGGAGACAGAGAAAUCAAAAAUUAAACGACUAUAUAAAUUAUUAGAGAUUUGGAUAGAGUUUGGACGCAUCAAACUCCUUCAAGGUUAUCAUCCAAAUGACAUUGAAAAAGAGUGGGGCAAGCUCAUCAUUGCCAUGCUUGAGCGGGAGAAGGCACUCCGACCAGAGGUGGAGAGAUUUUUUGGCCCUGGCUAUGUGCUGUAA